UGUUCUCAAAGGACUUCAAUUCCGGACCGCGAGAGGGGCGUGUACCUCGGCCACUUAUUUCUCAUUAAGUUUGACCACCAACCCGCACCAAAACGCGUCGGCUAAACAAAAACUCCAUCGCGAACAACCGAGCUCCUCUUCUCCGCUUUCGCUCAUAAAACCUGCCUUUGCCUCUUCUCUUCACCAGAUCCUACUCUUUAUACAACUACACACAAUGUCUUCUACUACUCCUGCUCCUGCUGCCACUCCUGCCACUCCUCCCCCCUCCACCCUCCACACCCGCAUCCUCAAUGCCGCGCGCUCGUCCGACCCCUCCCUCGCAAAGGCCUCCCGCAUCCUCUCCUCCGCCUCCACCCUCGACCUCAACCUCAUGACCGCCCAGUACUCCCUCACCUUCCUCGCAGAGUCUAUCAAGUUCAUCCACAACAAAGCCGCCCUCGCCCGUCUCUUCGCCCGCCUCUCCGCCCUCUCGACCUACUUCGACUCCGUCACCAUCGUCUCAAAACCCGGCGACAUCCUCCUCCCGCCCUCCCAGACCGCCCUCCGCCUGCGUCGCCUGACCGCGCUCAUCUCCGACGUCCGCAUCUUCAACCGCCUCUGGGGCACAAUCACAAUGCUCAAAUGGGGCUCCGCAGUCCUCCAGGCGCCCCCCAAGGACGCGAUCCUCAAACUGAUCGCCUACACCCAGGUCGUCAGCAACAACAUCUACCAGCCCCUCGAAAACAUCGCCUACCUCGCCUCCCACGACAUCCUCCCGGUCGACAAACUGACCGUCAAAAAGCUCUGGAUCUUCUCCUCCCGCCUCUGGGCCCUGCACAUCAUCCUCGAGUUCGUCCGCCUCGCGCGCGAAUACGCCCUCUCCUCCAAGUCGUCCGCGUCGGCUACCACUUCAGAGAAGCUCGAUCCUGAACUAGCUGCCGAGCGCGUCAAGGCGAAGAAGCUGUGGACCCGCCAGCUCAUCGUCACUGCCGCGUACUUCCCGCUCACGAUCCACUGGUCGCUCGAGUCGGGGAUCAUCAAUGACUGGAUGGUGGGCUUGUUUGGCAGUAUCGCCGGCGGCGUGCGAUUCUUUCCGUUAUGGCGGGAGGGGUAGUUGAUGUGUUUUAUUUGUUAUGUGUUUUGAAUACUCGGUAAUGCUGGUCAUGCCUUUAUAUACUACCAGUUCUUCUUGCUUAAAUACAAUUAUAAUAUGUAGACAGACGCGUGCAUACUCGUAAGCAUUGAUAUACUACCAGUUGUUCUUACUUGGUUC